GAAAUUUAUUCAGCCUUGGGCCAACCGUCGUCCGCGUACAACGUGCCCAUGUCUGCUUGUAACGGAUAUUUCGCGCCAAAGUUUACAUUGAGGAUUGGAAAAUGAGAAUAUUUUUUGAAGUGCAGCAAGUUGAAAAGUGUGGAUUCUACUAGUUCUAGUCAAUUAAACUGACAAAAAGUGAAUCGUCUAACUGAAGUGUAAACGUUUACUUUGUGUGUGCGAUGCAUAACAGUUAAGUUGGAGUUAAGCACUUAUUAAAAAUGUGUUGCAAGACGGGCGCAUAAGAUUUGUUUCCCAGUGCAUAAUUGAUAGAAAGUAUCCGGAGCGCCAACAUGGGGACCAAUCGGCUGCUUUCACCAUUUACUUUGCUGCUGAUUUGUACAGUCGGGUGCACGGUGCGUGGUGAGGACGAGCAGCACGACGCUCGGGAAGGCGAUGACGUCACCAUGCAGUGUCGCUUCGCCCUGGAGCCGCUCGCCGGAGAGUCGCUCACCUACUACUGGGUGAGGAGCACCGCCAGCGGACACGACAACGUCGCCAUCGGCAACAUCCCCCUCGAAACUAAUUACCAAAUUUCGUACGCUCCAUCUGAGGGUCGGUUCGACCUGUUGGUGUCGAACGUAUCGUACGAGCGGGACAACGGGCGCUUCGAGUGCCGCGUGAAGGCGGGCGGGUCGGGGCGCACGCUGCACGCGCAGGGGCACGCGCUCACCGUGCUCACCAGCCCGCGCGCGCCCGUGCUCACGCCCGGCUCGCACGCGCAGUCCCAGGAGGGCAGGGAACUCAACCUGUCUUGCUCCAGCUCGGGGGGCUCUCCCGAACCCACCAUCAAAUGGUACCGCGAAGGUUCGACGUACCCCCUCGAGGCGACAAUGGUCCACGCCAAGACGCGAGCAGAGCCCACCGUAGCGACGCUCACCCUGAUGCCGACCAGGGAGGACGACGGCGCUGUUUUCCGCUGUGUCGUGUGGAACAGAGCCAUGUCUGAAGGCAACCAGCUCGACGCGUCUGUUGACCUCAGCGUUAACUAUUUCCCUCGAGUUGAUGUUGCCCCAGAAAAUCCUUUGCGGGUAGAAAUUGACGGCGUUGCUACCAUGGAAUGUAAAGUGGAUGCCAAACCCAAAGUGACCACUGUCAGAUGGACCCGAAAUGGCAAAUACAUAUCCAACUCUUUUACACACACUAUUCAAGGAGUAACUGUUCAAGAUGCGGGCAAGUACACUUGUAGCGCCGACAACGGUUUAGGUCGACCAGGAGAGAAAGAAAUGUACCUUGAUGUACUGUUCCCUCCGAGUGUGACCGUCGAAUCUAAAACUUAUGAAGCAGAAGAAGGAGGAAACGUCGAAAUACAUUGUCAAGUUUCAGCGAACCCCGAACCUACGUCAGUUGAAUGGACAAUGGAAGGAAAACCUGACUUCCAUCAAACUGGAAACAAUCUCACCUUAACGAGAGUAAAUGCCGAGAUGGCCGGAACAUACGUUUGUCGCGCAGUCAAUGUUAUAUCAUCUAGUAAUGGAAAGCGGACGGAACGAUCCAACACCGCAUCAGUCGCCGUGUUGGUGCGACAUAAGCCUGGGCGUGCAUUUAUCAGUCCUGAUAGGCCGGUAGCUCAAGAAGGAGCUGGAGUCACUCUUACCUGCAGCGCUAAGCCACCAGGCUGGCCUGCUCCUCAAUACCGAUGGUUCCGAGACAUGGAUACUAACUCCGACGCUAAGCCGGCUGUACUAGCGACAGGCAAUCAAUAUUCCAUACCAAGCGCACACCUUGGCAGCGAGGGUGUUUAUCAUUGUCAAGCCACUAAUGAAUUAGGUCAUGGAGAGCUUGCAUCCGUCACACUUGAAGUUCACCAACCGCCGCGUUUCCAAACCAAGUUACAAACUCACAUGACUAAACGUUCCGGUGAACAAGAUUUCACUGUUACUUGCAGUGCACUCGGCAAACCGCGUCCCAAUGUGAAGUGGUUCAAGGACAAUGCCGAGAUUAAAGCCGAUACGAACUUAUACGAAGUCAAAACUGAUAUAACUGAAAGCAGAAAUGCUGUUUAUACUGUUCAGAGUACUCUCAGGUUUAACGGUAAAGCAAGGCCGAACACUAACGAUCUAUUGCCGGACGAUAGAGGAAUUUAUUCAUGCGCAUUCGAAAACGAAGUUAAAAAAGUCGAAUCGACGAUGCACCUGCGAAUAGAACACGAACCUAUCUCGAUUCGGCAACAUAAUAAAGUUGCUUAUGAUGUAAUGGAAACAGCUGAAAUUUUAUGCAGAGUCCAAGCAUACCCCAAGCCUGAAUUCCAAUGGUUUUACGGAUCAAAUACAGCUCCACUGCAGAUGUCCUCCGACGGGCACUACGAAAUAAAUACAACGACCGAUAAUAACGACUCGUACAGAAGUGUACUGAAAAUAAAAACGGUGAAACCGCAGGACUAUGGGGAUUACUACUGUAAAGUGAAGAACUCUCUCGGGAGUAUUCGACCUCAAAUAAGAUUACAGCCCAAGGGAGCGCCGGAGUCGCCUCGCUCGUUGGAGAGCCAAAAAGUAGGGCCGACGUAUGUGACUCUGAAGUGGGAAGCUGGCUUUGACGGUGGCCUGUCGAGUACUAAGUACUUCGUGCGUUACCGGCGCGUGUCGCUGCGCGGCGCGGGAGCGGCGCCCAGCUCGGAGCACUGCGCCUCGGACCGCACCUCCGAGUUCGACUGGAACGAGUACGACUGCGGCCGCAUCAACCCGUGUAACGUCACGCGACUCGACCAACACAACACCUACUCCUUCAAGGUGAAAGCUGUGAAUACUAAGGGCCAGAGCAAUUAUUCGAAUGAGAUCGCUGUGACUACCAAGGUGGACAAGAUCAAUCCCCCGGAGCAGGUGACCUAUGACCCGAGCACGCAGGCGAUAGCCUUCACUGUGACCCCCACGUGCCUGUCCCUGGUGGGCGUCGUGGAGGGCCUAGCCACCAUGUCAGGCACGGCCGGCUGGCAGGUAGUGGACACGGUGCCCCUACGUCUGUCGGGCGCAGUGGCGACUGUACAAGAGGCGACCGUAGAGCUGCCGUCGAAGCCGGCUCGCACCGCCACGCGACACGUCACCGACCCGCCGCUGGACGACUUUAACCCUCGCAUACGCCUGAAAAUAUGCUUACAAGUUAAUCAAGACGUCUGUAGUGAUUACACUGAAGCGGAAAUUGGAACAUCCUACAUCAAGGAGACGUCAGCGCGCACUACUGCCGCUAUUGUAGGAAUAUUUGUCACGACCGUUGUGGUUCUGCUCUUCGUUGGACUACUACUCCUUAUCUACCAGUGCAGACGUAGACCUAACAAGAAGGAUAGAUCCAAAGACUACGAGAUGGACUCCAUGCGACCCGCUAAAGUGACGCCGCAGAACCAGGCACCACCGCCUUACUACCCUAGCUCAGGCAUGGAGAACAAAGCUCUAGAACAUUCAAUGGAUAUGGCGUUAUCCAUGGAUGACUCGAAGACUGCAGUAUACGCUACGCAAGGAGGCUACGCGUAUCACGUACCUCCUCACACACAACCUCAUCCAGGACAAACUAUGCCUAAUUCAGAUUGGGUAAACAUGGGCUUCAUAGAAAAUAGUUAUACGAAUAGUAAUAACGGGGGCAGCGUGAACUCGCAAGACUCGCUGUGGCAGAUGAAGAUGGCUGCGGCGAACAAUGCGGCGACGAUGCCGGCGCACCAGGUGCUGGACAGACAGAGCAACUAUGACUACGACCCGAUCUCGCACGCGGGGUACAGGAACAUCGACGACUACGCGCACUACUCGCACCUGCCGCACGCCAGCCAGCCGCCCGCGCCCAGCGACUACGACAUGCGUGCCGCGCAGAACCCCUCGCGCCAGGAGUACUGCUCGGACCCGUACGCCUCCGUGCACAAGCCCAAGAAGCGGAUGGACCAACACAUCGAAUCUCCGUACCACGAGGUGAGCGGUUUGCCGGAGUACGGCAUGCGCGGCGGUCCGGAGGAGGGCGGCGCGGAGGAGAAGCCGCUGCACAUGUCGCUGGGCUACGACGAGUCGCUGGAGUCCGGCUACUCCACGCCGAACUCGCGCGCGCGCCGCGUCAUCCGCGAGAUCAUCGUAUGAACAAGGCUGUAAAGCGGCCAGCGCGAGCCCGCCGGCGCACCAGGUGCCCGCGACAAGCGCCGCGCGCAGCCAUCAUAGUCCGCCCCUGACUUCCGUUUAUAAACCCCCUUCUGGACUUACCAUCAACUUUCAUUGCCACUAAGGACUAAAAGUGACAAAAUCACAAAUUUGUGUUAUUGUCAUUAAAACUUUGAGUGCAGCUAUCGUUCUAUUGUGAGAAUAGUGAAAUAUAUGUGUAGCUUGUGCGUGGGCACAGUAAAUUUUUGUGAUAAGUUGAGUAAAUUACUUUAUACAGGGAAGGAACACUAGAACUAAAAUGGGACGGAAUUGGACUUGAAAAGUUCGUGAGUGUCGUGAGAAUCGUAAGUGCUGUAAUUAACUAUUAAACGGAAACCAAAUUAUAUCCUGGUAUUGGAAUCUCAAACUGUGGAAUACGCAAUUCUUAGCCCAAUCAUAAACUAGUUUCAGUUUACUUGCCAGCUGAAAUGUGUGUAAUACAUUAAACCAUGUAAUUUUAUGGGCAAUGCAUUCCUACAAAUUACUAUAUAAUAAAUACUUACAUUAAAGCAGAACAAAAAUUUUAACAUAUUUUCGAUUUAUACAUGGUGUUUAAAAUGUUGAUAAGAACUCGUUUGACAUAUUUGAAACACGUUCUUCCCUACACCAUGCACAACACUUAUCUAAAAUGACUCUCCCAACGGAAGUCCAAUAUGUUGAUUGGUUAAAAAUACGCAAAACCUGUAGAGAUGCAUUGUCCACUUCGACAUUUAUUGAAAUCCACAAAAACGUGAAAACAUCGUUACGUGUAUAGAGACGCAAGUUGCCAUAAAACUACUUAACUAGUUCUUUAAUUAAGCUAUCUAUCGCGACGAACUGGUAGAAAAGCGAUAGGAUUAUUAAGUAAGGUCUUGUUAUUUCAUGAUAAAAUCCUCUUUUACUUUCGUCCUUUAAACAACUUCGAAACAGUUAAGUUUUGUACUAAGGGAAGUAAUAUGUGAUCUCCGUAGCUCAUAUUUUGUAAUAAAUGUGGUUUAUUAUUGAAUUUAUACAAGUAUGGUGCGAGUUGUAAAUAAAUCAUCCAAGUAUAGAAUAGUGAUCGUUGUCAGUUGUGAUGGUGUGACGUGUGCACGUGAAGCACAUUCACUGUAGAGUUUACGAGCACAAGAGUGGUGACACCUCCAUUUGGCAUGACAGAGUUCGAGCUCACUCACUUCCUACUAAUUUAAUCAAAGUAAUUUGGGUGUCGUGUAGCAUCACUUCAGUGUGACACGAACACUGCGCCACAGUAUUCAUAUCCAACAUAAUACUUUAGAAAAUAUACAAUACAAUCACAUCACAAUAAAUACAAAUUCGUGUAACAUUUCACAAACAACAUUUUUACGAGAACUCAUUAUUGUACGGGAGAUUGUGUGCAGAUUUAAAUCAGCAAGCUAUAUUCUGAACCCAAAUAAUCUUGUCGAAGCCACAAAUUCCUUUUUACGCGACCUCAAGAUGUGAUCUGGUAAUGACCUCAAUUUCUAUAUGAAUUGCACUGAUGUCGGGAAUAACGACUCCCUGGAACAUUGUUUAGUAACGACCGUAAUUACAUUUUAUUCUUUAUUAAAACUGUGUUUUAAAAAUAUUAACUUGGUCUUUACUUGGGUAUAAAAAUAAGGAUGGCGUCAACGUCGACAUUCAGAGUUCUCAUCAGCAGGUUUAAUAUUCUACCGACGCUAAAUAAGUUUAGAGUCUUGAUCUGUUGAAAUGUUGUUUACAAAAUGUCCGGGCGGCGACCGUGAGCUUUUGUCAUGUCAUAUGGUAAUUUCUUAAACUCUUCAUGUUAAACAGGAAUUCAAGCCGCAUUCAUUACAAUGCAUUGUUGUGUGAGGAGUUCAGAUCUAUUAGUGUAAGGUUAAUUAGGAGAACGAUGACAUUGGUUUUUAAAUUAUAGGAUUAAGAUAAUUAUUGGUUAAUUGUAAAUAUAUACUCUUGUUAUGUCAAUGUUCAUAAAUAUAUGAAUUUUCGAAACAUACUCUUUAUAUUAAUGACUUUUAAUGAGUUCUUAGUCUGUAUAAAGGGCUCAAAAGCUAUUUCAUAUAUUCUAGAUGUAUGAUCAACUUACAUAUUUCGGCUUUAGCCUGGGGCGUAAUCAGGGUAAGGUGCAGGAUGCACAAAUCGAUUAAAGAAUUUCUCUAUGAUUUUCUCGGGUUUCUAGUUCGGACGACGAACCUCUUCCAAAUUAGAGACUCCUUAAAUCCUGUCUAGCCCACGGUUAUAGUCAUCGAUAAAAGACUGUCAUACUGGAAGUCGAGGCAUGUCUACAAAAUUAAUUGAAUUCUGUUAUUUUUAUUUUUGUAGCAAUGGCAUAUGGUGAUUUAUUCUUCUUAAAUCUUCGUCGGUCACCGGCGGUCGACGUAAUAUAAAAAGACCUAAAUAUCUAGCUACUAUACCAUCUAAACAAAUGGCUUCGAUUAGCAGACCUCGGAUAUCAUAGAGUGCGCCAAUUUUUAUGUACACUGGCCCACAAUUCGAGAGCAAUAAAUUUUUGUUGUAGGACCCUGAUAUGGGCAAGAUGCCAGGUGUGUUACUGGUUAUUCGAUCUGUUGACCACCGUAUAUUUUUUAUGCCUUGCAAACCUGAAUUUUUAUUUUUCUUCGAAUGUGAGAUCGGUGUACAUGUUUAAUUCGUAAUAUCAUUAACAGUUUCAAUGCUGUAUCACUAUGUGCCGUUGCUUGCAAUGCUCAUCGAAAAAAACACACUUUAUGAUUGUCAAAAUGUACUAGCAUUUAGUUUAUUGUUAUUAGUGUUAAAAGAGAUGUCAUCACAGAAGACUAGAAAUCAAAAUACUUUGUUUAAACAAUAAAUAUGACAACGAUACUUUAACUUUAAUCUUUCGUGUUUUGAACGCACUUCUGAUGAAUUCUUGUUUCAUUUUAAUGUAAUUGUAUUUAUCAAGUUUUUAAGUGCUGAUAUACAUUUAUUUAGUCUUAAAUUCAUUAUAUUCCAGACAUCUAAUAAUAUUUUUUACCUAAAAGUCUAGACUGCGGUAUGUUAAGGUAUUUUCUAAAAAUAAAUUCUUACGAUAGCACUUAAUUAGUAGUAUUUCUAGAUUUUUAGAUAAAGACUGUUUUCAAAAGAUGUCUGUGAUUUACAAAUAUAAGUCUCUUUCAUUUUUUAUUAGUUCAUGAUAUUUCGCUAUUAGUUUAGUCCUCUUGGGCUAGUCAAAUUGUCUUGGCCCUGUGAGUGACACAACUUAAAAAACAUUAAACUUACUCAGUCAAAAAUAGAACUUCUUCCUUCAUAAGUCUGUUAAUUUGCCUGGAUAAUAAUAUACUAGUUACAAAAUGACGUAUUAGUUUAAGACAAUGUACAUAAUUCGUCAGAAGCAUAGACUAUAGUCAUUCACAGAAGGGGCGAAAAACUUAUGACGUAUCAAUACACGAUUUAUAUAAUAUUUAGUUAUAAUAGUUGCAAGUUUUGACUGGAUAAGUCAUCAAAAAUAUUUGACUGUCCGUCAAUCAAUUUAUCUAUUAUGUAAAUCUACUAUAUUUAUAUAAUUAUCCAUUAUAUUUUUAUAAUACUGUAAAAAGUUUUGAGCAUCAUAUUUUUUGGUAUAUUUCAUUUAUAAAACAUUCAGUUAAUCAGUUUUCUAAUUCGUUUUGACGUGUCUUUUCAUCAAAUUUAAAAAUGUAUGAAUUCUACAAACAUCAUUAUUAAUUAUAAAUUUCUACUUAAAUAAGAAACACGAGAUUUUGAGUUUCGUUUAAUUCAAUUAUUAUAAUUUAUUAUACACGUAUUUUAACAAAUAAGAAUAUUUCUCGCUACUGGUGUAUUGGAAUAGAAUACGACGAGCUUGAAAUAGGCUUAUAAUGUAGUCACAGGCUAGAAAAAAGUAGAUAGAGCUGAACAAAAUGAAAAUAAAUAAACGUGUUUUAGAUAUUUCGUUUAAAAAAAACAAAACGAAAUCCGCUCUUCAGCUUUUUGCAACGUUUUUAUUCACCGAACGUUGCAUGCUCUAUCCAUUUUCUAGUCUGUGCUGUUAAAAUACAAUUAAUAUUAAAGAUUCAACAACGAUUACUCCGAUCCUAUAAUGUUAUUAGAUAAGUAUUUCAGCAUCAUCAAUACCAUUUUAUGGUAGGUUCAUUUAAAGUUACGAAAUUUCCCACCUUGAAAUGUUAACUUGAAAUUUAUUUUACACUAUGUAUUAGAUAUAUACAUAUAUAUAUUUUAUACGAAACAUUAAUUGUACGACAUUAUAUUAUAAGGCAGUGUGAGUUUUUAUUCGUCAAUUAUAGAGCUUAUUAGCACGAGACAGUGAAUGUAUAAUAUUUUGAUAUUAUUUGCUUAGUUUUAAUAAACUCUAGGCUUAUAAAAGCAUUCAUGUAUCACCACAUCAAUAUUUGUGUGAACUCUCCAAAUUAGUACGUAUAACAUGCCUAUCACAUUGCAGCGGUAAUCCUUCAUGAAUAACUCCAAUUCAAAAUACCUGGAAAUAGUGUUAGGAUGUGUACCGCUAUAACAUUUAUUGGCCCAGUUUAUUGAUUGUUUUCGAUUUUAUUUAGAUAUGAAAAUAGAGAUUAAACCGUGGUAAAUGUUGACUUUUUAAACACCCUUGUGGUGUGCCAAAGUUGGUAAGGUUCGUUUUAGUAUCACGUCUUUACCACUUGAGUUCUCACAAAAACAGUUAACAUUUUCAUAUAAAAUAACUCGAGCCGUAUUCCAUGUAAUGUCGACACCAAGAUAACGCCUAAGACGUUCAUCCGAUGAUGUAAAUAUGUAACAUUUUUACAUUAACAUAAACACCUAAGCAACAAGACCGCUGUAAACAAACAUGCAGAAACUCAAUUAGAAUAUUUAAGCUUCAAACACUGCCUUUGCCUAAGUAUAGAAGAAUAGUUAAAAUUAUAUUAAGGGGUGAAACCAUUGAUAUUUUUUUUGUAAAUAGUCUUUCUUUUACAAUUACAUUGUAAUUUACAAUAAAUGAUACUUUAUGUGAUGUACUUAAUUGAACAUAUAAAUAUAAUAAUAUGCCAUAUGGAUAUUUGAUAAUUUUAAUAAUUUAAAAUAGCGUUCCAUUUUGUCCUGAAUUGUAUGGCGGUAAUGACUGGUGUGAUUACUCGUAGUUGAAUUAAACCAUCAAUGUACGUUGUCCAAACACACCUUGACAAAGUGGUAACGUGAUUAUAUUGACAGCAGUGGAUAUCGAAAUUGAUUGCUAAUUAUUAAUAUUACAAUUAAUGUUACGAUUUGUAAAUAGUACUAUAAACCACCCGUAAGACUUAUUAAAUAAAUUUUUCCCAUAAUA